ACCCCCGACUCGGUUACAUUCCCGUCAACGAAGAAGAAGAGCAGGGAACGUCUGCCGGGUCACGGUACCACCGCACCGAACCAGUGCCGGGUCACGGUACCACCGCAGCCUCAGCAGCCCUUGUUCGCAGUAGUUAGCGCCAUGGCGGCGGUGCGCAGCCUGCGGGUAUCGGUGAAACCAGACAGCGGCUCAGAGCACUCGGAACCGGAUUCCGAGUCGGACCGAGAUGACGCUCGCGAAGCCGAACCGAUGGAGGUGGAGGAGGGCGAGGUGGAUGCAGAGGAUAUCUCCGUUAACCGCUCUCUGAAGGAGCUUCUGCCGGACACCAGCCGGCGUUACGAGAACAAGGCCGGAGCGUUUAUCACCGGGAUUGACGUCAACUCAAAGGAGGCGAUUGAGAAGAAGGAGAAGCGAGCGCGACGUUUCCAUUUCUGCGGCGAGCAGAGCGUCAGUCAGAAGGCCGUCGUCCUGGACAAGGAAACCAUAAAGAAAGCCAUUCCCCGCCUGCGGCUGGAGGCGCUCCACGUCACGGGCGUGGACGACAUGAGCACGCAGGACAUCUUCGGCUAUUUUAAGGAGUAUCCUCCCGCCCACAUCGAGUGGAUUGACGACGCGUCAUGUAACGUGGUCUGGUUGGACGAUGACACCUCCAUCCGAGCGCUCAUCAACACUAGCAGAAUGCCCGACCCGGAGGCCGUUACCACGGAGACCGGAGAGCAGCCAGGCAAAGAGAGCAAAGCUCAGCGAGGUCCAGACUCAGAGGAUGAGGAAGAGGAGGGUGAGGUGGGCGAUGAAGAGGACGGGGCAGCCAGAAGGAGCAGUGAAGUGCAGGAGGAGCAGCAGCCGAAGGAGCGCGGAACACAGGUGGACGACCUGUCGCGGGCGGAGAGAGAGUCGCUGCUGAGGAACGAGCCGCGGCCCGCCAUCAAACCCUUCAAGGGGAACAAGCUGCUGCUGCGCUUCGCCACACAAGAUGAUAAGAAGGAGCCGGGGGCAGCGCGGCGCAGCAGAUACUACAUGAAGUACGGAAACCCCAACUAUGGAGGCAUGAAGGGCAUCCUCAGCAACUCCUGGAAGAGGAGGUACCACAACCGACGCAUCCAAAGAGACGUCAUCAAAAGCAAGAAGCCUCUGAUUGGAGACAACAUGGGACACACGCCGCCGUACACGCACCGGCACUCCGCUGACCUGGUCAACCUGCCUGAGGAGCCCAUCAAAGAGGAGGAGGAGGAGGAAGAGGAGGAGGACGCCAGUGACGAGGACAUGGACUCUGAUGACAGGGUGGUGGAGUUUAAGGACAAAGGAGGCAGCUCACGUUCUGGAGGGGCGGGGCUUCGCAGCAGUGCGGAGCGAUCUCCGUCUCCGUGGUCAGAGUCGGAUGAGAUGGACUACGACCUGGAGCUGAAGAUGAUCUCCACGCCGUCGCCAAAGAAAAGCAAAAAAAUGACCAUGUACGCCGACGAGGUGGAGAGCCACCUAAAGAGCAUCCGGAACCGCAUCGGGACAUCGGGGACCCAGAGCAGAGCCAAAUCCUCAUCCCCCUCCAAGUUAACGGACGUCCGGCAGCUGCUGCUGGAGAAGCGGCAGGGGCUGUCCCAUCACAGACAGCCCCCCCCUGUGGCCAGCGGCGGGAAGACCGAUGUCCGGCAGCGGCUCGGGAAAAGGCGAUACUCUCCGGACAGACGCCGCACCCCUUCCCCUGCCUCCCCCAGAGACACGCCCCCAAGCAAAGAGCCAGUCAGAGAUGUGCACAGCAGACUUGGCGUGGCCGGUCAAGACAGAGGCGUCUUCUCCAGCUCCAAAGACAGAAAGACGGGCGACCUCUGGAGCAGACUCGGCAACAUUGAGCGGCGAGGGAGCGACCACUCGGCUCCGUCCUCCUCCUCUUCAGGUCGGAAAGAAGGCAGCGGGAGAGCAGGCAAGAAAGCAGAGGGUGAGGAGAAGGAGGAGGAGGAGGACGACUCGAUGCUGCAGAAGAUGUGGGGCGCCAUGAUCAAACAGAAGCAGGAGCGCCUCGGCCACAAGGGAAAGAAGAGCCGCCUGGACAGCCUGCCGUCGCUGCAGAUCGAGAUCAGCCGUGACAGCAGCGACGACUCUGACGCCUGAGGACGACUAGGAACUCGGCCAGACUCUCCUGAACUUCAGAGCUCCAGCCGGGCCCAGGCGGCGGACCGGACCUGCUGGUUCUGUCAUCGCGUCUGGAUUCUCUCUCCUUGAAAAUGUUUUUCAGUUUCCUGAACUUCUCAAAGGUGUUGUCUGAUGGAGCAAAGCAUGACGGGAAACUCUAACCCUGCACCUGCUCUACAUCAUCGCCAUGCAUUCCUGUUACCACGGAGACAGACUCCGCCUCCAGCUCUCUUCCUGAAGCAGAGGAUCCUCCUGUGUCGGAAGAAAAGUGUGAACUGGAUCUCCUGGUGCUGAGUUGGUUGUUUUUUUCUGAAAUGUUGUGGGUCCACAGACUCCAAGCUUCAUGAAUCCUCAUUAAAAAGAUGGCUGAUGUUUUUUA